ACACCGGGAGCUUCCGCCGCUAAGGGAAGCAUGUCUCAGGUUCAGCCCGCUCCGGGUGCGCACGGACAGAAACACAAGCAGGAGAAACCCUCAACAAGCUCACAGUUCAAACUGCCAGGCACCAAGGAUGUAACCGAGGAGGACAUGCUGCGGGAAAUUGAAGAUUUGAGAUCUGAAAACGACUACCUCAAGGAUGAAGUGGAUGAGCUGCGUGCAGAGAUGGAGGAGAUACGAGACAGCUACCUGGAGGAGGAGGUCUACCAGCUGCAGGAGCUGCGGAGGGAACUGGACCGGUCCAACAAGAACUGCCGCAUCCUGCAGUACCGCCUGCGGAAAGCUGAGCAGAAAAGCCUGCGGGUUGCACAGACUGGCCACGUGGACGGAGAGUUGCUCCGUAGUCUGGAGCAGGAUCUGAAGGUGGCCAAAGAUGUGUCUGUGCGCUUACACAACGAGCUAGAGAGCGUGGAGGACAAACGCAGCAGAGCUGAGGAUGAGAACGAGCUGCUCAGACAAAAGAUCAUCGAGGUGGAGAUUUCCAAACAGGCACUGCACAACGAGCUGGAGAGGCUCAAAGAGACUGCACUAAGAAGACGAGGAAGCAGAGAAACAUUUAAAGAGAAGAAAUCCACAAGUCAGGAGGACAGCGCAGACCUCAGGUGCCAGCUCCAGUUUGCCAAAGAGGAAUCCAGCCUGAUGAGGAAAAAGAUGGCGAAGCUGGGCCGGGAGAAGGAUGAACUGGAGCAGGAGCUGCAAAAGUACAAGUCGAUUUACGGAGACGCUGAUAGUCCCCUUCCCCUGGCCGAGUGCUCUGGUGGAGGCCCUCACACCACUCGAGAAGCUGAGCUGCGACUACGACUCAAGCUGGUGGAGGAAGAGGCUAAUAUCCUGGGCAGAAAGAUUGUGGAGCUGGAGGUGGAGAACCGCAGCCUGAGGGCGGAAAACGAAGACAUCCGGUGUCAGUAUGAAAGAGACUGCUUUGGCCGAGAACCCUUCUCCAGCAUGCCAUCAUCGCCAUAUGGUGGUGAUGCGGUUGAGUCGGCCACUGAGCUUCGUCGUCAUCUGCAGUUUGUGGAGGAGGAGGCUGAGCUGUUGCGUCGUUCCAUUUCAGAGAUUGAGGACCACAACAGGCAGCUGACAUCGGAACUCAAUCGCUUCAAAUUCGGCCCCAGCAGCAGCUCUGGGGUUUAUGGCGAAGAGGGUAGUGAAGGAGCAUUGUUUAAACCUGGUAAUGGGGGGAGCAGUAAUGGCUCUGGCAGCGGCAUGAUGAUGGAGGAGCUGAAGUCAGCCAGGAUGCAGAUCAAUGAGCUGAGUGGAAAGGUGAUGAAGCUGCAGUAUGAGAACCGUGUCCUCAUGUCUAACGUCCAGCGCUGCGACCUGGCUGCGCAUCUUGGCCUGCGCACCGGCAGCCCUCGAGACAGCGAUGCAGAGAGUGAUGCAGGUCGACGGGAAGCCGCUGAGGACGAGGAGACAGGGCGACUCCUUCUUCUCCACCCCAAGAGAGAGGGCCCAAUUGGGGGUGAGAGCGACUCUGAAGACCUGUUUGAGAAAACAACCACCACCUCAGGGUUCGGAAGCAUCAAACCUGCAGAUGGCAGCAAGCUCAGCGCCACUGAACUGGCCAAUCGCAGGAGGGAAGAGCGAGAGUCAUUCACUAAUGUCAAACGAGAGGCAGAAAGACUGGGGAAGACAGUCGACCGCCUGAUCACCGACACUGACAGUUUGAUCCUCGAUGGCAGGCUGCUGGUCACAACAGGAGAGAGUCUGGAGGGAGGGGCGCUGUCCGGAUCCAAACCAGACACCCAAGUCCUGGACACCAUCAACACUCGCAUGAAGGCUUUCCGCACUGAGCUGCACAUCUUCGUGGAGAAGCUGGACCAUGCAGGAGAGGGGCUGAGAGAAAGGACAGAUGAUCUGUCACCCAUGCCGAACCUCACAGAGUCCAGCAGCUUCCUGUCCACAGUCACCUCCAUGUCCCGCGACUCUCCUAUUGGCACCAUUGGAAGAGACCUGGUGACGGACUUCCAGUUUGGUCAGAGGGAUGAGCUGGAGUGGCGUCUAGGACAGGAGCGAGGCGUGGAGCCCCAGAGCCAGAGCCAGGGUGGGGGCCAGGCCCAGAGCAAGGGAGCCACUGGACUCACUAGGUACCACAGGCCCCUGGCUUUAAGAGCAGAGCUCCGGGACACGCCUGCUUCUGACAUCCAGUUUCAUCUGGAUCAUGAACGAAGGCUGAGAGCGGUAACGGAGGAACGGGAGGCUGCUGUUUCUCUGCCUCAGCAGGUGGAUGAGCGUUUGCAUCUGGAGGCCCAGCGUGGAGGUCUGGAGCUGCAGGGCCUACAGAGCGCUGAGGUUCCCUGGGCUCAGGAGAGAGCCAUGCUGCAACAACAGGUUAAUAUGUUCAGACGCAGCACCAUUAUCUUCUACAUGAAGCUCAGAUGGAUCCUAAUGCACUGGAGGCUCAGCUGCAAGGAGGACACCGGAGAUGGGGCGGUGCACCCAGAGUUUGAGAAGUUGGAGGGCAUCCCAGAGUUGGAUGUGAUAAUGGAGCAGGAAGAGGGGGAGUCAGAUCAAGACGAUAAAAUCUGUUUACCACAGAUGCCAGGGGACAUCUUGGACCCUGUGCCCACCAUCUCUCUGCCAUCACCUGAUCGUCACCCGCAGCAUCAAAGACAGUUUGGUGAGAACCGUCGGGUGCUGCAGGCCCUGUGGACCCUGCUGGAAGAGUUUCGAGAGGAGCUGCGGGAGGAGGAGACGCAGCGAUGCCAGCUGCAGCAGUCCUACGCCAAUGACAAAGCCGCCUGGGAGGUCAAGUGGGCAGAGAUGAAGUGCCAGGUGGCCAAGCUGGAGCAGGAAGCACGAAGCAAAGUGCGAGGUGAAGCUCAGGGAGGUGAAGGUGACCCUGAGUGGCCCUUGAAACAGGAGCGUGAGGAGCACCGGCGUUUGUUGGCUGAGAGCCACAGCACCUCCCUGGACCUUCGCUGGAAACUGCAGCACGGAGAGAAAAGGUGGAGCCGCGAGAGGGCCGAGCUGCUGGAACGCUUCGACCGGGAGCGACAGGAGUGGGACGGCAGCAUGAGGGAGCUCCACCGCAAGAUGGAGAGGAUGCAGAGAGAGCUGAACACCUGCCGUGGAGAUGGAAGUUCAGGCCAGAGAGGCGUGUUCUCUUCUCAGGACAGUCCCUGUAGUGCUCCCCGGUCACCUCGUUCUCCCCGGUCCCCCUGCACAUCCGCCCCUGUCCCAGGUGCCCCCACUCGCUCCCACUCGGACUCCGAGGCCAUGCUGGAGGAGCAGGGGGCCGCAAUGAGGCUGAAGGGCAUGACGGAGAACCUUUUCCUGGAUGCAUUGUCUCUGGACCCCCUCAGCAGCAUGGAGGUCCCUCCACCCUCUGGACUGGAGAGUGAGAAGAGAUUCCCCUGCAUGAAGGAGGCCCUGAAUGAGAUUUCGGAGCGAGAAGGUGCUCCUGUGUACCCAGAGGAGGAGCUGGGAGGUGGGAGUCUGCUCAGAGCCAAGUCAGUUUGCUCCAUGAGCGACUUCCAGCGGUUAAUGGACAGCUCGCCAUUCCUCCCAGACAAGACUCGCCACGGUGAUCAGGAAGAAGAUGAUAUCACCCCGCCGCUGUCCCCAGAUGACCUCAAGUAUAUUGAGGAGUUUAACAAUAAGGGCUGGGACUUCCCAUCAUCCACCUCUGGCCCAGGUCCUGCCCAGGAGGUGUGGACAGAUAAAAAUUCAGGGGCUCCAGGAGGGGAGCUCAUACCUGAUCCAUUCCAGCCAACCUCCUGGUUCCUGACCACCAGUGCCACCCUGACCACCAGCACCGUAAGCAGCCCUGAGCACUGCCAUAAGUCCCAGCGGAGGGGAAACGGAGCAGGGGCGGCGGGGAUGGGUGUGGAGCACUAUGGGGUGCACAGCCUCCACAGCCCCGCCAGACACGGGGCAGCUGAGCGGCCCACUACCCAAGACCCAAACUACCUGUAUGCAAAGGGGACCAAAGCUAGGAGUGGAGAAGAAGCUGGGGUGGGGCCCAGUGGGCCGGAUGAGAUGUUCAGCAGUGGGAGAUGGCCAUGUGGGCUUCUGGAGGGUGGGGGGCUGAGGACGUCUCCUAGUCAGUCUCCUAUCUGCCCCAUGGUGGGCUAUGCCUCUUCUUUGGAGCUUCAGCUCUCCAGAAACAUGAGUGACGACAUGAAGGAGGUGGCCAUUUCUGUGAGGAACGCCAUCCGCUCUCCACCAGGACCUGUUUUCAGGGACACUGCCUGCCAGACAAAUGGAUUCGCCACACGAGGCACUCAGACCACCCAAACCAUCAGUGUGGGGCUACAGACAGACUUGUUGAGGAACGUAACCAGCAGCCCCCACUGCUGCCUCACCCCAAAGGGUGGGAGCACACCCAUCUCUUCCCCGUCACGCAGCUCAAGGAAGGUCCAGUAUUCUCCUGUCGCCCAGAGUAAGUUUGAACGACCGUGCUGCUCACCAAAAUACGGCUCACCCAAACUUCAGCGCAAACCGUCCACGUCCAACAAGGCUGAACUACCCAAUACCAGCCGCGCUCCCACCCCCACCACACCCCAAAAGGGCAACAGUGAGUCAGCAUGGGCCCGUUCUACCACCACUCGCGACAGCCCUGUCCACACCACCAUCAAUGAUGGCCUAUCCAGCCUCUUCAAUAUCAUCGACCACACCCCCCUUUAUGAAUCCAUGCAGAAAUUCAACAAGUCGCCCAGUCGCUCACGCCCCACCCCACCCUCCACCACCGAGCCCAGCCCUCUUCACGGGGCUCUCGCCACAGACCCCAGGAAUGUGCAGGAGUGUUUGCGGACUGCUCGAGGGCGCUCACCCAGCCCUGUGCAGCUGAUAGUGGAGACACAGGGGGAUAAAAACCCAGAGGUGGUGAGCAUACGACAGGACCUGUCCGCCCCGCCGGGCUACACGCUGGCUGAAAACACAGCCCGCAUCCUCAAUAAGAAGCUGCAGGAGCAGAGCUUUAGAGAGGAGAGGAGGCUGCAGGCUGGAGGACAGAGCAGCCACAGCAGAGACAGCAGCAGGCAGGCCGACUCGGACAGAGCACAGUCUGGAUGUAUGGAGGACCUGCCUCGUUCUCCGGUGGCUCCGCCCCUGGACUCCUGCUUCCUGAGACCGGCCCGCCCAGCCAACCGCAGACUCCCCUCGCGCUGGGCUGCCUGCUCCCCCUCCACCUCUCCCAAGUGGAGUGAUGGCUCGAAGAGAAGGUUCACCUUUCUGCCGCCAGGACACCGGAAGAUCAUCCUGGAGGGCGAGGAGCCGGUGUAAGGCAUUCCUCUCCCUCCUCUCACCUUCCUUCACCUCAGCCUAAAAAGACCCAGUACCUCAGAAACCCCUCAAGUCUAGAGACUCACAAGAAACAGAGCCUGAAGUGGGGGUUAGGAUCCAUCCUAGUAGCACCAGCUGACCAUCGAGGAACCAGAACUUCUUUUUAGAAGAACCUGGAAUGUACUGUAAUAUCAUCAAAACAGACAUUAAAACUACAUUUUCAUCAGAGGUGCCUGCACACAUUUGAGUUACUCAUCACCCCACGUGUGUAUAUAUGUAUUUAGUACAUAUACAUAUUAUAGCCUCAAUUCUGAACCUUUUUUAAGGUGAAAACUGUAGGUCAGCUGUUGCAUUUUUAUCAGGUUUACACUUUUAAAAUGUUUUGUCCUGCAUCAGUUCAUGCUUUAGCUAUUUGUUUUUAAAUAAGUUCAUACGUCCAUUUUUAUUUGUUGCCAGCCUUUGAAGCUCGACCUUUCAGUUUAGUUUCAAGAAAAGACAACACAAGCAAACAAAAAGCUUCUGCUUCACCGGGUCUGAAGCAGAGACACAUGAUGUCAUUUCUGAUGCUAAUGUCCUUAUUUAUUUUUACACUGGGAUGAAUGUUUGACUCUGGAAACUUGUAGAAGAGGGGUGAUGACAAACUGAAUAACAUUAUGCAUAUUUGGAAGGCAGUUGUACAAAUAGUCAAAUAUUUGCAUGCCUUUUGAACACUAGCACUUUAGUGCAUGUACAUAUGAGUGAUAGUCAUUUGUAAUCACUCAGCUCUGCUAUGGGGACUAAGAAAACUUGUUGUGAUGGGAGCUGUUGAGCUGUUGAUUUUUCUGUCACAUGAUUUGCAUUGAUUAAAAUAAGAACAAUUUUUAAGUAAAUUAUUGUACCUACCAGACUGUCUUUGCACAGUUGUUACUAUUGGAUAUGAAUUACUUUUUCUUUUGACAAGAAAAGGGGGAUUAAAAAAACUGCUGAAUGUUUUAAAUGAAAAGUCUAUGUCAAAAAGUCUAACAUCUAUAGUCUU